CCUCACGUCAGACUCCCCUCUGCCGCCCUUUCCCAGCUUCGAAACAGCAUACUCGCACUCCCUCUGGGGCCCAGGGAUGGCGGCAUCACGACAGCAACACCCUUGGUCAAGCGCAGCAGAUGAAGAGAGCGACCCAGGAGGUGAGCCUGCCUGCACGUCCAGAUCCCCCAGUGAGAGACAAUCAGGCUGCUGCCCCCAGCCGACCAUGCAACGCGACGAAGACCGGCCAUACUGCCAGGACAAGACGCUGGACGAAACGGAUGAAAAGCAGCUGCCAAGCAACAUUGCCUUCUCCAACCAUGCUGAUCUGGCAAAAGCUCCCAAAGAAGGCGACAUUUGCGGUACUCUCGACGAGAUCCUCAAGGCAUGCACGACGCCAUUCAACAAGGCAACAUGGCAUGACCGGAUGAAGGAUUUGGAGGAGCACAUGCACCGAAUUGGGGUGGAGGAAGGACUCCCCUUGGGCGGUGCUGCGUACCUCAAGCACUUCCUCGAGGAGCUAGAUCAGAGACUUGCAGCUACUGUCUGCAGCAUCUUUGGUGAGGCCGCACACGACGACCGUCUCCACAACUUGGCCCAGGAAUCGGGACGAUUUGGACACAAGCUAUUGCGAAUCCUUGAGAAGCGACUUCAGCCCGAGGGCAGCUGGGAAGAGCUUUACCUGUUGUGGCGUCUCAAAGAGCUGGCGCUGUCCCAGGGCAAAGUCGAUGAUGCCAUCGGACGGAUUGAAGCGUUAGCGUUUCACGCCUCGCAGAUCGGUGCCUCCCAUCUCGGAAACACUCAAGUGCUCCGUCCUCCUCAGUAUGACUGGCAAGCAGCAAAAGUUCCUCUCCGCAUGGGAGCUUCGACAGAUAUCAUCAUGCAGCAACUGGGACAUCGUCUCUCGGACGCUCUCUUGGGCAGAGCGAACUUGCAGCCGGGACGGAAUGCCUCGACGAGCACAGCACUAAGAGCGUCGACACCGGUCCUAAAAUGUGCCUUGGCAUCCGCUUCUGAAAACCUCGCGCAUCCACACGAGCUUCCUUUCUUUCUGCACUCUGUCCACUGCACCAAGAGUAGAGCUGGCCGCUUCCCCGAGCUUCUCGCAUGAGGUCUCCUUCCUCUCGAAAGGAACCGACCUGGCCCCAUGCACUUCUAGCUUUUUCCUCGCGCUGUAUGACCCACCCGGCCAGCAGUGCCGAAUGUCAGCACUUCCCCCGCGCCUCCCCUUCACUAUCUUUCCCCAAUUCAGAAAUGAAUCAAGCG